CUUUUCCAGUGACUCCCCAACUAGCCAACCUGAAAUAGCACUUUUCGCGUGGCGAGACCAAAAAAUAUUAAAAAGAAGGUCCCGAGGAAGAUUUUAAUUUGUAUACCCCGAUUUUAGCACAGCAAGGAAGCACACAAAUAAAAUGCGCGAAGUGGUCUCCAUCCAGGUUGGUCAGUGCGGCAUCCAGAUCGGCAAUGCCUGCUGGGAACUGUACCUCCUGGAGCACGGCAUCAAUCUUGACGGCAGCCUGAAGACCAAGGAGGAGCUGACGGCCAGCGGGAGUAGUGCCAGUGUGGGUCACGACACCUCGGCCAAUGAUGCCCGGACCUUUUUCACGGAAACCGGCAACGGGAAACAGGUGCCCCGCUCGAUUUUCGUCGAUCUGGAACCGACGGUAAUCGAUGACGUAAGGAAUGGCUGCAUGAAGGAUCUCUACCAUCCGGAGCAACUGAUUUCGGGCAAGGAGGAUGCGGCGAAUAACUAUGCCCGCGGUCGUUACUCCAUUGGCAAGGAGGUGAUCGAUAGGGUGACCUCGAGGCUGCAGAAAAUCGCCGAGCAGUGCGAUAGUCUGCAGGGAUUCCUCAUCUUUCACUCGUUGGGCGGCGGUACUGGCUCGGGAUUCACCUCCCUGCUGGUGGAGCGACUAUCGACCGAUUAUAGCAAGAAGUGCAAGCUGGACUUUGCCGUUUAUCCCUCGCCCAAGGUCUCCACGGCUGUGGUCGAGCCAUACAAUGGCCUGCUGACCACCCACUCGACCAUGGAUCACUCGGACUGUGUGUUCAUGGUGGACAACGAGGCCAUCUACGAUAUAUGUAAUAAUAGUUUGGGCGUGGACAGGCCAGCCUAUAGCAAUCUGAAUCGUUUGAUUGCCCAGAUAGUGAGUUCUACAACGGCCUCUUUGCGUUUCAGUGGCUCGAUGAAUGUGGAUCUCAACGAGUUCCAAACGAAUCUGGUGCCCUUCCCCAGGAUCCACUUUCCCCUUGUGGCCUACGCACCUCUGAUGUCCGCCGAGAGAUCGGCCCACGAACAGCAUGCCAUCACGACCUUGACCAAUGCCUGCUUUGAGUCCUCCAAUAUGAUGGUCAAGUGUGAUCCUCGCCAGGGUAAAUUCAUGGCCUGCUGCAUGCUUUACAGGGGCGAUGUGGUUCCGAAGGAUGUGAAUGCAGCCGUAUCGGCUAUCAAGUCCAAGCGGCACAUCCAAUUCGUGGACUGGUGUCCCACUGGAUUCAAGAUUGGCAUCAACUACGAGAGGCCCGCCUAUGUGCCGGGUGGAGAUUUGGCCAAGACUUCGCGGGCCUGCUGCAUGCUGUCCAAUACGACCGCCAUUUCGGUGGCCUUCUCGAAUCUGUCCUACAAGUUCGAUCUGAUGUUCCGGAAGCGGGCCUUCGUCCAUUGGUACGUGGGCGAGGGCAUGGAGGAGGGCGAGUUCACGGAGGCGCGGGAGAAUAUCGCCGUCCUGGAGCGGGACUUCGAGGAGGUCGGUCUGGACAAUGCCGAGGAGGGCGGUGAUGAGGACUUUGAUGAAUUUUGAGAACACAUAACAGUUUACAGGCCCA